UCGUUCCCCCUUUCCCCAUCGAUCUCCAGCUAGUUGACCCUAUUUACUGCCACCAGUUGAAAAAUUACUGCCACCGGUUGAAAAAUUAAUCUUAUGAGUUAUGAGGAUGAACAAGAAAUGGGUUUGUUUCUGUGUUCGUUGUUAUUGUGAAUACAAACACUUCUAGAUUUGGGGUCUUCGAGGAUGGGGACGAGAUUGGUGUUGGUGUUUCUUUAUUAUUUUUGCUUGUGAUUUUUAGUGUUUCUUUAAUCAUUGUCAAAUCUUGGAAUGGUUGCGUGUAGAUGUAUGUGGGGGAGAGAAUUGUGUACGUGUGCUUGCUGUGGCUAAUAAUCAUUUAUUUUACUAAAUUUUUAAUUUUUUUUGUGAGGUACUGUUAAGGUUUUGAUUUAGAUUUGCGUCUUGCUCCAAGAUUUUGAUUUUGGGUUAAUGGGGCCAAAGAUUUGUAUGAAUGCUUCAUGAGGUGCUGCGAUCCGGUAGAUUCGCCAAUCUCUAUCACAAUUGUGGAUAGUUUUCAUUUUCUCCGUCUGCUGCUGCUCUUGUAAUUCAAUACGGUGGAUGUAGAAGACGAAGAAAUGAAGACAGAGUGAAGAAUAGCAUUCGUGGGGAUGAAGACGAAAUGAGAAUGAAGAUAGAGUGCAAACGACGUCGUUGUUUUGCUACGUUGGACUGCGAUGACGCGGGGGUGCUGCAGCUCGGUUGCAAGCUGCAUUUCUAAAUGAAAAAAAAAAAAUAGUUCAAGAAAGCACACGUGUGUUGACUUGAAGAGUAUGUGGAAUCUCGAAAUGGCAAAUAAGCCCCUUACAUCUUAGUUCUGUUCGUUCUUCCGCUGCUUACAUUACAAGCAUCGUAAAUAUCAGACAAAAAAUCGAUCGCCCAAAAGAAAACUAAUGCCCAUUGGAGAAAAUAAAAAACAAAUUCGAUGGGACCAUAGCCAAUCCAACUGCGACCUCGACCCAAUUCAGAUGGAAACAUGGUUGGGGAAUUAGGGUUGUGGGUUUGAAUUAAAGAUAAUGUGGUUUUUCGUCUGAAGAUUUGUGUUUUGGAACUGAGGAAUUUGGAUGUGAAGGAUGUUGCCCGAUCAGGACAAUUCUCGAAUUGAUACUUUAGAGCUUAAAGCUCUGAUUUUUAGAAAGAUUGGGCGUGAAAGGGCUGAGAAAUACUUUGAUCAGCUUAGAAGAUUAUUCACUUCCAAGAUUAGCAAAAGUCAGUUUGAUAAGUUCUGCUUUCGGACUAUUGGGAGGGAAAAUGUCCCUCUUCACAACAGUCUUAUAAAAGCCAUUAUCAAGAAUGCUUGCGUAGCUGAAGUUCCACCUUCAAAAGGUAUUAGGAAAAUAGGAAGUAACCUUAGUGUUAAAAUCCCAAAUGGAUAUCAGAGAAAUUGUCUUCAAUCAAUCUAUGGGGAUGCCUUUCCCCCUUCUCCUCGCAAGGGUAGGUCUCCAAUUAAUAGGGAUCGCAAGUUUCGGGAUCGCCCAAGUCCUCUUGGCCCACAUGUGAAACCCCAAAGUGUUGCACUUGAUGAAUUGGUUUGUAAGGCACAAGAGCAGCAAAGUGCAACAGAAUUGGUUUCUCUCGAUAGCAGACCUCCAGUUGAAGUUGCAUCUGUUGAAGAUGGGGAGGAGGUUGAACAAGUGGCAGGAAGCCCAGGUGUUCAGAGUAGAAGCCCUGUAACAGCUCCAUUUGGUAUAUCAUUGAAUUUUGCUGGAGCUCGUAAAUCUCUGUCUAAUAUAUCUGUAUCCAAUGAUUAUCACCCGGAGACCUGUCAGAACAGUAGUGAGCUACCCAAUACGAGAUCAUUAAGAAGCCGUUUGCAACGGAAGUUGGACAUGGAGGGAAUGAGUGUCUCAGUGGAUUGUGUUAACCUAUUGAAUAAUGCAUUGGAUGCAUAUAUAAAGAGAUUGCUUGAGCCAUGCAUGAGUUUAGCUGGGUCAAGGUGUGGAAGUGAUAGCUCUAGACAACUAAACAACCAAUUCCUACCUGGUUAUAGUGGGAUGAUACCUGGUAGACUCGUGCGAAGAGCUGCAAGAACUUGUUGCAUUUCCAUGUCUGAUUUUCAGGUUUCUAUGGAAUUGAAUCCCCAAAUACUUGGAGAAGAUUGGGCAAUACAGCUUGAGAAGAUUUGCUUGCGUGCUUCUGAAGAAUGAAGAAAGCCUUAUUGGCACAUGGAUUAGAAAUUCAGCUGUGGGGAGUGCAAGGCGGUUUCAAGCAUCUCAAGCUCAUUUGUCUCUCUUACUUCAACCGCAGAUGCUACUCUCUUUGGGUGCACCAACUUGGAAACCACAGACCAACUGCUAGACUUUGAUUGCGACUUUGCCCCAGCUAGAUAGGACAGUAUGGAUUCAAAAACAGCAAGAGUGGCUGCUUCUACCUCUCUCAAUAUGCUAACCAAGGCCAGACUCUCAUGCUUUUUGUCAGCGCACAUACUUUCCAUGCCCUUCAAGGCCUUCUGGAUUACCUUUCUGAUUACCUUCCUAGAGCUCAAGUAUUUCCGGACCUCAUUUUUAAGAGCCAUCUCGUCUCCCCGCUUUCUGCGCAUAAUUGAUUGAAGAUCAUGCGUACAUUCUUUGGUUUGUGACAAGGCAUCUUUGGCAAUGCCACACAAGUCCAAGAGAAUGAGAGAUCCAUCGGAUAACUCCUCGGCCCAUUUCUGAUGGUGCUCUUGGACGAAUGCUCGCUGGGUGAGUGGCAAUUGAAGUAACUUAUCAACGGAAUCAUGUACAUCCUGCAAACCACUUAGCUUGUGGCAUAUUGAUGAAGAAGAAGAGCCAGAUUCAGAAGCCCUCAAUCUACACAAAUGCUCAUCGAGUUGAGUAAUGGCAGGGUGUGGCCUUGACGGCAAGCUGUUCGAACGAGCAUGGUAAGUUUUUAGGUUCAAAGGAGAGGAAGCCAUUUUGUUCUUUCUCAAGUCUCAGCAAGGAGAAUGGCCCUUCAGUUGAUUGCUAGCAAUUUGCCUUCCAUCUCUUAACAUCUGCUCUAUAUAAAUCAUGGGAGCGAGGAGACACAAGGAAUCUCAUACUUGAAAAAAUACUUACGAGUUGUAACAUGAUUGCGAUUUGGAUCUGAAUUAUAUCCUGGCACUGUUUAUGCCA